GACGACAAAGACCCUGUGCCAUUGAGUGUUCACCACAUGCCUCUCUGUGUAACCUUUGCAAUCUUUGAUCAUGGAAAUUAUAUAGUUGUUGACCCAAGUACUGAGGAGGAGAAUGUGAUGGAAGGUGUGAUGGUGGUGGCAAUGAACUCCAAUAAUGAAGUCUGUACUGUGCAUAUGAGUGGCAAUAUGCUGUUGGUUAAACAACAACUUCUGCAUUGUGCUAAGAUUGCAGCUGUCAAAGUGGAAGAACUUACAAAUGUUAUCAAGAAGUUUAUGCAAAGUGACAAAUCAAGGUCAGAAACAAGCAGUUGUGGAAGAGAGAGGCAAUUGAUCACAAAGCAGGUAGCACCAAUGCAACAUAUCAGUAUUAAGGGAAUAAUAGCAGAUAUCAAUACACACACACCUGCUGUCACACCUGGACAGGCAGCUACAUCAGCAAAUGUUGUUACACUAGAACAAGCUGGACUUGGUGUCAUUGAGAACAAUCGAGAUUCUGUGUGGAAAAAAGUGUGAACAAUUGAAUACAAAAAUGGACAGCAGAAUUUAAAUGAAACAAAACCUGGAAAACCAAAGAUAUGAGAAUACUUCAAGUGGUUGAAUUUGAAGCAAUAAGGAUUUCCUGUACUUGGACGAUAACAAUAGUACUGUUGCAACUGAUCAGUGCAUUAACCAGUGUCUACACAGGGACAAUUUAUCAGUGCCUACAGUAGGCCAAUGCCUAUACAGGAAGAAUGGACAUACAAUAGGCCAGUGCAUACACAAAGCAAAUAAUCUGGGCCUUACUGAAACAGUUAAUCAGGGUCUCUAAUUGGCCAGUGCCUACAUUGGACCAGUUAAAUUAUAUCAGGACCACAGUUCCUAUAUAGGGUCUGUGUCAGGGCAUACGGUUUUCCUCCUGGAACAACUAAUUUAAGCGAUCAAUUUAAACCUGACUGGGCUUUAACAUCCUCAGCGCAAGAAGCACUUACAUUACCACUUGCUUAGAAUGCUUAGAAUUGUGAAGUACAUAGAGUAAUGUUUCAGUAGGUUGUGGCCCAUGUGGCUGUUUCAGUGAUUUAAGCAACAGUCGGAUUGGAGACAAGUGUUUAGAAUAUGAGUGCUCAUUAAAUCAGUGCAUCUUCUACUGUCA